AUGGUCUCUGCGUUGCUUAGCAUCCAGUUCAGCGGUUCCCGACUCUCGAUCUUUCGCAAACCAAAUUUUGACGGAAGGCGCUUUGAUGGACUUCGGCAGAGUGACUCUGGAGGAGAUUAUCUGAGAGUCUUGGCUUUUGCCACACAAAGUACUCAAACACUGUACCGCCAGGAAGCCCACAAGCAGAGCACAGAGGCCAAUGCCACCCCCUUGUUGCUGUCCGAUGUUAAGAGGCUGGUUUCCCUGCUCACUCAGGCCUUGGAAGAAUGUGUGGGAAAGCAGCAGCUGCUACAGCAGGACCUAGCACGGUGCCGUUCUGUUCUUGGGAACUGGAACUUGCAAACUCCUGACAGCCCUACAGUCAAGGACUGCAGCAGCGACCAGCAAGAAAGGGAGCCCACAGUGGAGGAGCUUGAGGAACUGACAUUACUUAACAAAGCUCUGGAGAAAGCUGUGAAAAUCCGAACAAAAUUCCUGAGCCAUGUUCCUCUGCAUGAGGCUCCCGGUGGCACCAGAGCGUUGGAGAAGAAACCUGUCGCCCAUGUUGCUGUCAAACAGCAAGGCACUAAUUGCAAAGGGAGUGUUUCCAAGGAGCAGGCCAAAGUGACGCCCGGCGGCCAAAAACCUGCAUCUUCCCGAAAACCCUCGGCGUACGUGCUGAAAGCUCCCUACCAGACUGACCCAGAAGUGAAAAGGCUGCGGGGGAAAACUCCAGCCAGGCUGACUCACAAGGUCCCAAAGGGCUCUGGGAGGAAGUCACUCCAAGGGGCUGCCUCUCACAAAGCCAAGGUGCCUAUAAAAAUAACCAGAGUGGAAUGUGGGAAGAUCUCUGUGGUUGAAACUCCCGGAUCGCCCCCUGACCUGUCCGACUCUGCCCAGGAUGUGGAACAAAGUUCUUUGCUUGGGAACUCUACCACUGGGGGGAGCUCUGCAAGCACCGGGACUUGUGUUUCAGGAGAAAGCGCCCCAGGCAUGUGUCCAGAACCACAGACAUCCACUCUCCAGGAAAAGGGGUCUUCGCUGAAACUGCCCCUUCCGUACAGAAAAGCCUCUUUCAGGCUCGCCAGGCUGUGGGAAGACUGCCGCCUUUGCCAGACGAGCCCUGAGGCUGCCGCCGUGCGGGAUCGCUUUAUGGAGAAGUUGCAAGCGACCUUCUCCUCGCCUUCACCGUCUCUCAGCCUGGCUGAAGUGGAAAAGGAAUUGACGUCUCUGCGGGGCGUCUGCGCCCGUCUGAGCCAGUGCGUGGAGGCCGAGACGCCAGCUUCUCUUGGGGAAGACCCAGCAUGGGAGCGAGAGUAUGAAAGCCUUCUGGCUUUGGAGGGCCUCCAGCCCCUGGUUUCCCAGUGCCUGGACAAAGCACAGAUGCUCCAGGAAGCCGUGGAGUCCCAUAUGCGGCUUAUCCCAGCCUGUUCUGCUGGCAGCGAAACCUCCUCCUCUGCGAAGGGUCCCUUUCUCCAGAGGCGAAGGAGCUGCUGCACAGAGACGUUUGGGCCCCCGCCUCUGCUCCAUUACUCCAGCCUGAAAGAGCUGCUGGAAAUGGAGUCCUUGAGGCUGCAGGUGGCCAUGUUGAGCCAGCAGAUCGACAUACAGAAGGCCCUGGAAGGCGAGCUCCUCCCUCUUCUCAAACCCGGUCCUGCUCCACGAGGCUCCCGCGCUUCUUUGUACCGUGCCAUUUACACACUGCUGUGCGAGGGGGGCACGCACUUCCCUGCCCUUGUCUGCGAGGAGGGCUUGUCUGGCGACCUUGAACCCUGA